AGUGACUUCCGGAGGAUUUUUUUUACGAUGAAAGGAAACCAUCGCUGAACAUUUUAACCACCAUAUUCAAAAGAAAUCAUGAAUGAAAUCGCUACCAUAAUAGAAGAUGUUGCAGAGGAGCAGAUCUCAGUAAUAAACUUGGAGCAUGAAUCGCAUCAAGCCAAAGGCAUUCAAAGUUUACCACAAGUAAACCUGCACAUCGUCAAGGAUGUGUGUACUAAGUUGGAUAAAGAAAUCAGUUUUCCUGUGCAGUUUAAGCAUGAAUUGCAAAAUAUUGAUUAUGACAAGCUUGCUGAUAGUUUAAUGUUUUUGAAUGGUUGCCUGGUCACCAAGAGCAGAUUUGUAUCCAGUUGUACUGAAAGAGCAUGGAAAAAUUAUUACCGAUCGUAUAUAAUAAACAUGGGCCUUGUAAAGGAGGUUGUAAAAUGUCAGCAGCUAUCAGCGUGGAUAUCACUCAAAGUUUUUGAACAUCUAAUAAUAUUGGCUUAUGGGAACAAAAUGGAGAAAAAUGUUACCAUAAUCAACACACUCAAAGAUCAAGAAAAAAGUACAAUUAAUUAUAUUGGCGGAUGCAUUGUUAAAAAAAUUAAGAGAAAAGUUAUGAGAUCUGCCAAAACUGAGACACGUGAUAAAAAAUUGUAUUGUCUCAGCCUAUUGGUUUGUCAAAGUCAAGAAGAAACUGUAGAAAAUCAAAUGACAUUUCUUCUGGAUAGAGGAGGCUUGACAUAUAUUAAGUCAAAAGUAGCUAAUUUACUUUAUGAAGCUGAAACCACAUUUCAAGACAUGGUAGGAGCUAAAGACCAAUUAAAACUGAGGAAUAUUAGUGUUUCUGAUUUUUUACAAAAAUGUUUGGAUAACCAAUUGAUUACAUCAGCUUUUUAUGGCUUAAUUAAUGAUGGUAAUAAAAUAGUUAAUGAUGAAAUAAUGGGGGAAAUUUUGGACACUAUUAUAAUUUUGUUUUUUAAAAUAAGAAUGCAUCACAAAUUAAAAGUUUUAAUGGACAGCAUUAGAAAACAAGAAAAUAAAUCAAGAAAAGAAAAAAGCCUCAGAAAGAAACUGAAAUCAUCUCAUCCAACAGAAACCAAUAAUAUUGAAACAGAAACCAAUAAGAUUUGAACAGAAACCAUUACUAUUUGUCCAGACUCAUUUUCUCUCUAAUAUACGUAUGUGUAUUACUAAAUGUACCCAAGUCCUGGGCAAUACCAUAACGACACAUACAACGACAGAAUAAAGAUUCAGAAUGCCAAUUCACAGACAUAUAACAUGUUUAUUACAUUAUCUGUACUAUAAUACAGAAUCAGUUCAGACAUUUGAAAUAUCCAGUAUUGAUUAAAAUUAUAACAGCUUAAUAUUCCAUAGACUGAAUAGUGACAACACAGAAAAAUAAUUAGAGUCUACACUUCGACUAUAUCUAUAUCCAAAAGUCCAACUGUCCUGGACUAGGAACAAAGCCACACUGCCUUAUUAUGAGUUACAUUAUAGUCAACAAAAAUAUUUCACCAAGUAAAACAAUACAAAACAAUAACAGUUUUGAAGUCAACAACCUGAAUUGCCCCCUUCUCCUCUACAGUAAACAGGAGACCCAGGCUGACCAGAACUCAGUCCUGACACAUAUUAAAUCAAGCAUUUGCAGAAAGUUUAAUGUAAUUUAAAUGAGCUAAAAUUUAGUUUAUAUAGGAUGUUAAUGAAAAUAUUUUGAUUUUAUGUUUAAAAAACAAUUGUUCAUCUUCAUUGUUUUCUAUUUAUAUUUGUAUUAUUGUUUAUAUUAGUAAUACUGUGUUAUACAUAAAGAUUGAAUGAUUAUUUUUGUGGAAAAUAAAGCUUCAACUAAUUAAUGUGUUUUAGCAAAAAAUUAUGAGAACACAGAAAUUCUAAAUUUUUUUUAUUAUACUGAAUUGAAUUUUUGUUUGUGAAAGGCUAAAAACAGUGUAAUAAAUUGAUAAUAAAUUGAGACAUUGUUAACAUCUUUAUUGUUUUUGAAAGUAUGCAAGUUUCAAUGGAAAAAUUACAUUGACAUAGACAUGAAUGUGUAGAACAAUUGAGUUAGUGUUCCAAUGUAUCACUUAAUGAAAUGAAUGAAAGAGAAAUUAGAAGUUAUAGUCCAACAUUAAGUUAUAAAUUGAUAACAUUUAAUUAAACAUGAUUAG